UUUAGAAUGUAUUAGGCUUUGUAAUUUCUAGGUUCCAAUGAGCCGCAAGGGAAAGGGCCUGGCCGAUUAGUAUGUUACACCCGGAAGUAAAGAGACGAAUAGACCGUCGGUUGCACGUUGCAGUCGGGCCGGCAAACUAGGGACACCACCGCGCAGAGUUAAGUGCUGGGACUUCCAAAGCCUGGAAAGCUGACUGUGUCUCUGCGACUACGGGGCUGCCACGAGCGCUGAGCGGCGGGGUAUUUGGCCUCCAGGAGGAGGCACUGUAACGGCAGCGCGGAGAGGGCGGAACGCGGAACGCGGAACGCAACCACUCUAGCUCCCGACGGACGCAGUUUCCGGUAGCACUGGCGAGCUCCGGGCCAGCUGCGGAGCGACUCCCCUCCGCCGAGAGGGCGACCUGGCUGUCGGGAAGGACGGGCUGGGGCCUGCAGUUCCUCCUCCGGAGCAUCCCCGCCAGCGGGACGACCCCACGCGGCAGCACGGGCUUCCGGCUUCUGCGCUCAGUGGAGACAAUUCGAGGGCACAGCGGGCUCCGGAGGCGCGAUGGGCAGCUCUCAAAAAAGGCACAAACAGUUGAAGGAUGGAUACCAUGGCAUUUGUUAAAAGCAUGUUGAAAGGAAAAUAAGAAAGGCAGGAAUCUCAGGAUGAGUCAGUCUCGAUCUAGAUCAGAUGGUGGUAGUGAAGAAACCUUACCUCAAGACCAUAAUCAUCGUGAAAAUGAGAGAAGAUGGCAGCAAGAGCGUCUCCACAGAGAAGAGGCCUAUUAUCAGUUUAUUAAUGAACUCAAUGAUGAAGAUUAUCGGCUUAUGAGAGACCAUAAUCUUUUAGGCACCCCUGGAGAAAUAACAUCAGAAGAACUGCAACAGCGGUUAGAUGGGGUCAAGGAACAACUAGCAUCUCAGCCUGACCUGAGAAAUGGAAGAAAUUACAGAGACUCAGAAGUGCCUAGAGAAAGUUCAAAUGAAGAUUCUCUUUUAGAAUGGCUGAACACCUUCCGACGCACAGGAAAUACAACUCGAAGUGGACAAAACGGGAACCAAACUUGGAGGGCUGUGAGUCGGACGAACCCGAACAGUGGAGAGUUUCGGUUUAGUUUGGAAAUCCACAUAAAUCAUGAAAACAGAGGAUUUGAAAUUCAUGGAGAAGAUUAUAUAGACAUUCCACUUUCAGAUAGUAACAGAGAUCAUACUACAAAUAGGCAACAAAGGUCAGCUAGUCCUGUGGCUAGGCGAACAAGAAGCCAAACCUCAGUGAAUAUCAGUGGUAGUAGCUCCAACAUUCCAAGGACUAGGCUGGCUUCAAGGGGGCAAAAUCCAGCGGAAGGAUCUUUCUCCUCAUUGGGAAGGUUAAGAAAUGGAACUGGGGGAGCAGCUGGCAUUCCUCGAGCUAGUGCUUCACGCACUAAUUACAGUAGUCACACACACCAAUCAGGUGGUAGUGAACUCAGGCAAAGGGAAGGGCAACGGUUUGGAGCAGCACAUGUUUGGGAAAAUGGGGCUAGAAGUAAUGUUACAGUGAGGAAUACAAACCAAAGAUUAGAGCCAAUAAGAUUACGAUCUACGUUCAGUAGUCGAAGCCGUUCACCAAUUCAGAGACAGAGUAGCACUGUUCAUCAUAAUUCCCAAAGGGAAAGUAGACCAGUACAGCAAACCACUAGAAGAUCUGUUAGGAGGAGAGGUGUAAGUCGAGUCUCUUUAGAGCAAGAUAGAGAACGAGAACGCAGAGGUACUGCAUAUACCCCACUCUCUAAUUCAAGACUUGUGUCAAGAAUAACAGUAGAAGAAGGAGAAGAAUCCAGCAGAUCCUCAACUGCUGUACGACGACAUCCAACAAUCACACUGGACCUUCAAGUGAGAAGGAUCCGUCCUGGAGAAAAUAGAGAUCGGGAUAGUAUUGCAAAUAGAACUCGAUCCAGAGUAGGGCUAGCAGAAAAUACAGUCACUAUUGAAAGCAAUAGUGGGGGCUUUCGCCGAACCAUUUCUCGUUUAGAGCGGUCAGGUAUUCGAACCUAUGUUAGUACCAUAACAGUUCCUCUUCGUAGGAUUUCUGAGAAUGAGCUUGUUGAGCCAUCGUCAGUGGCUCUUCGGUCAAUUUUAAGGCAGAUCAUGACUGGAUUUGGAGAACUGAGUUCUCUAAUGGAGGCUGAAUCUGAGUCAGAGCUUCAGAGAAAUGGUCAGCUUUUACCAGAGAUGCAUUCAGACCUGAGGAACUUAGAUACUGUUAAUGACAGGAGCCAGCACAGGGAAGGUUCCUCUCAAGACAGGCAGGCCCAAGGAGACAACACUGAAAUGCAUGAUGAAAACGAGACCACCCAGCCUCAUACCCGAAACAGUGACACUAGGGGUGGCAGGCAGUUGCGAAAUUCAAACACUUUAGUUGAAACUGGAACACUACCUAUUCUUCGCCUUGCUCACUUUUUUUUACUAAAUGAAGGUGAUGAUGAUGAUCGAAUACGUGGUUUAACCAAAGAGCAGAUUGACAAUCUUUCUACCCGGCACUAUGAGCAUAACAGUAUUGAUAGUGAACUAGGUAAAAUCUGUAGUGUUUGUAUCAGUGACUACGUAACUGGAAACAAGCUCAGGCAAUUACCUUGCAUGCAUGAAUUUCACAUUCAUUGUAUUGACCGAUGGCUCUCAGAGAAUUGCACUUGUCCGAUCUGUCGGCAGCCCGUUUUAGGGUCCAACAUAGCAAGCAAUGGGUAAAGUAAUGGGAUCUCCCCAAGUACCGUUUUUUUAGGAGAACUGAAUGCUCAAGCAUUGUUUUGCUGAGUUAUUUGUGAUGAACUAACCAGGAUGAAAAAUAACAGAUUAUAUAUAGUAUGAACUAUUUUUUGUGUGCUUUUUUAAACUUGUUAAAAAGAGGAAAUUUAUAUAAAAUGUUAAAUUAUCCAGAAAUACAAAAUAGUCAAUAUUGCUAGAACCAAAUAACCUCUAAGAUGUCUUUAUUUUGGUAAUUUUGUCAUGCUAAGCACUUUUGUAUCUGCACAAUUCAGUAGGUUAAAAAUCAAUCUUCUUUUUCUUAAUAGUACAGCAGACUUUACUUUUAAGUUUCAUAGGCUUAGUACUUAUGUCUAGACAUUUGUGUCUAAAUAAGCUUUUCAUUAACUUUUUAUUUUAAGGACAGUGUCUUUUCAUGAAAGAGUAUUUGGCUGAAUGUUUGCUAUAUAUAUGUUACUUGAAAUAAAUUUAAUAUGCAGCAUACCAUAUGUGUAUAUAUAGGUAUAUAAUUUUAAGGUUAAAAUAUUCACACAAGUUUGGUUCUUAUUUAAGCUUUUGGGCUAAUACUGCAUAUGGCACAAUGUUUAUUGGCAAGAUCAUCUCAGAAAGGGGAUUCAGAUAUAAUUUUAAAAUAGAGAUAAUUUACUGAAGCGUCUCUGACAAUCUAACUUAUUAGAUAGCAAGCAAUAUAUACUGAAAAAGUAUUCAGGAAUGGAAAAAUUAGAGCAUAUAGGUUAUUUAACUUGUGUUCAGCCCUUUUGUAACUUUUUUGAAAGUGCAAACAAUUCUUUGGAUUAUUAAAUAAGGUAUACAAUAUGCAUGGUUUCUCAAAUUUAGUUUUAAAAUCUAAAAAAAAGUCUAUAAAGAAAUGCAUAGAUAAUAAGUUCACUUGGAGGCUAAAAAUUUGCAAUGAAAUCAAAACAAAAACGUUUAAGAGAAUGUAGAGUUUAUAUAAACACAAAGUGUGCAUUGAAGAUCUGUUUCUACCAAUAAAUAUUAAAACAAAGACUGUA